UUGAUUAUCUUGUUGCUUAAAUGCAUUACAUUUUAUACUAAUGAUGAAACAUCUAAAAUGAAUUACGUGGAAAACCAGUAAUUUUCCAUCAAAUAUAGAUCACUGAACUUUUGUCGGUGCGAAUAGAUUAUAUGUACACAUAAUCGUGAUGAACGUCUAAAAGUGCAAAUAUUCCAGACAGUAUAGUCGACAAAUCCGAUUGUAUCAUACUGCAUACGCUUCCAGAUCAACUACUAUAUAGAUCCAUAUCCAAAACACAUUCGAUUUCAAAAAGCAAACGAUGUAUUGUUUAUUUUACUGCAAUUCAAUGCCUGGGCCCAUAACCUGUUGGGAAUUAAAAUACGCAGAGCAUUCGAAUACGCUACUGAGAUAUAUUAGUAGGCAAGUAGAAAGCUUUCAUGAAGCAAUUUUACGCGCUUAACUGCGAUAAACAGCGGUUAUUCCUUGGUUACGCCUUCUUACACAGAACACAGAACUGAGAACAGGGUCGCUGCACGUAACUGUUUUGUGGUCCAACGUCAACGACUAUAAAUACAAUUCAAAUAUAAAUAAGUACUUCACUGUGAUGUUAACAAUGUACCUGAUUACCUUUUCACAAAGUAAAUAAAUGAAUGACUCCAUUAAAGCUCAGUAGUUUUACGUCUGUUUCCAUCUGAUAUCUUUUUUUACUGACAACUAUCACUGAAAAUUAUAUGUCACUGAUGCCACAAAAAAAAAACACAAAAGGUACAAAAGCAUAGGAAAGGGCUAUGUUAUAUUUAUGGAUUGAUGUUUGACAUAUAAGAACAGCAUAAAAUCCUUCACCUAGGCAUCAUUAUUAUUAACUGUCAUAAACGGUGUCGUCACAUUGGGCCAGUUCGUGAUGUCAUUUGACCGCUCUUACGAACAGUGCCGCUAAAUUCGAAAAGGUUAAAACCAAACAUAACCAGUUAUGACUGGUACAUCACUUAAAAUUGCUUAUGGAAAGUUACGUUUGGGUUUUCCUGAAAUUUUGAUACUGACUUACGGCUUUUGAGAAGCGCAUCAGAGGAAAACGAAUAAUUAUAGCAGGAAUCUAUAAAACGUUGAGUCGUAACGCUUUUUCCAUCGAUUAGUCCUAUAUCGAUCUGAUGAUUGCUAAAUAGCAUGAAACAACGUCGUAUAUGGUUGGUUAUGGUCACACAGAAACAGAAAGCAAACAUUCUAUCUACAUCACUGUGGUAAUAUUUCUCUAACGAGCUGUGAAAGUAGUAUAACAAUAAAUAUAAAAUCAAACGCGAGUAGGUUCUUCUGCAACCGAUUUAAGAUUAUUGAAGAAGGUGGAAAGAAUGAAUCUAUGUAUCUAACUAACGUCGCCACUAUUGUCUUUGGUUUUUCAUCUCAGUUUCCGCAAAACUACUUUUCUUUCUUUGUAUUUACUUAUGGGUUUGAAGUGCCACGGCAGAUAGCUAUAGUUGGCCUUGAUGGCAACGUUAGUUGAUGCCCUGUGAACACGAUGUUCUUUGACCGAAGCCAUAAAUGUGCCUGCUUGCCCUUUUUGGUGGCUUCUAGUUGUAUUUCCGUUUCCACCAUUGUUUUCCUCCACCCUGAUCUUGUCUCUUUAUUACGGUCAUGCCCACUAUUGUUCUUUGUUUUUCAUAAUAAACAAUCAAAGAUAUGCCAAUAUUAUUCCUUUGCCCAAGUUAUUUACCACUAAUCCUAUUUCUUACUAAAACAAGUCCAGAAUAGUUUCUUGGCUUCUUCAUUAUUAUUGAUAAACUGGUAUUGAACAGUCCAAUCUUUCAAAACUCAAAUGUCAUAUUGAGCCCAAAAAAGUUCUUCAAAACUAGUUUGUCAAUGAAUCAGUCUUCAUUGUCUCAUGAAAAAUUCAAAUUGUGUGGCUUCGAAAUGUUUUUGAAAUAACCGAUUCAAAUAAAUUAAUGUUUACCAAGUCGACCGGACUAUAUGUGGAAAUAUCCCUAGUGGCGUUUCCGCACGUGAUCGUCUAGCGUAGAGCGCAAUUCAAAAGCACGAGCCAAGGCUUUGAAGCUGAAUGUUUUUUCCCGUUUCAGUUGGAGCGGUGGAAAAACAGUUGACGGAUCAUUCUCGAGAAUUCUGGACGCGGUCAACGGCGCCGCACGGGAAGGUUAGGGUCGAUGCUUGACGUCGCCACGUCGCCGUCGGGACGCUUUGUUAUCUGAUGGAAGUGAUGGUGCGCUAGGAAAAAAAUUUAAAUAAUUAAUUAGAUAUCCUGUUUGGGUUGCCAUACCAACGCAGGAAAGGUCAGGCAGGCACGAAGUAGGGACGUAGCCUCAGUGACGCCGCAGCAAAAAUAAGAUAGAUGAGGACCAAAUAAUACGGGAAAGAGAGACAUAGACCAGGGAGAUGGGAAAAUUCAGCGAUGUGCCGGCCUUGCAAUACUUGGCAGCCGCAUCUGGCAACCUGGCCAUCGUAUGCGACGGCAUGCACUAUGGCUGGCCAUCACCCACCUUACCACAAAUCGAAAGACCCGCAAACAGUUCAACUUGCGCUCACAAUUCAACUCUAUGCAUCGGUAACGAAGAAGGCAGUUGGUUGGCAGUAAUGCCUUUGGUGGGCGCCAUUUUAGGGGCGGUCACUGCUGCCAACAUCGUCGAUGCUCUGGGAAGAAAGAAGACGGUGCUGGCCACUGCCGUGCCUUUCUUCCUGUCCUGGUUGAUGGUUGCUGCUGCCAAUACGUCUAUAUGGCUGCAUAUUGCUAGGUUCAUCGCUGGAGCAGCAGAUGGAGUCACUUUCACAGUGGUGCCAAUGUACAUUGGUGAAAUCUCCGAUCCCCGAAUCAGAGGCAUGCUUGGUUCCAGUUGCUCUGUAAUGUGGAUUGCCGGGUUCCUGCUCAUCAACAUCAUUGGUUCCUACCUUAGCAUCAGUGCAACAGCCAUCGUAUCAUCCUUGGUACCUGUCAUCUCCUUCUUCACAUUCAUCUGGAUGCCAGAGAGUCCAUACUACCUGCUGAUGCAGAACAAGUUUGAAGAAGCGAAACAGAGUUUGAGGAAGUUCAGAAAGGACCAAGAUAUAGAAGAGGAGAUUGAGAGGAUGAAGGGUAGCAUACAGUCGCAGACUAAAAAUACCGGCAGAUUUUUCGAUUUGUUUUUGAUCAAAUCGAAUUUGAAGGCUGUCUUCAUCAUUGCUGGAAUUAGAGGUACGUUGAUAGUAAUAUUUGUUUCAAAUUUUGUGUUAUCUUUAAUGCAAGGUAAAAAUCUACUGAUUACUACUUUGAUGCGAUGUGUUUGCUUGUAUACGUUAUCUUUUAAUGCAACCUCAUUACGUUAGCCAAACUCUUAAAAGCAUAUAAGGAGGGUGUUCUGGGACUUAACGUUUCAGAAAUAAUUACGCUUGGGAUGGUAAAAAAGGGAAGAAAGGUAGUCGCUGUUCAUUCGAUGAGAAAUUUCAAGUACAGUCUUGUGGCAUAUAUUAUGUUGCUUAGCAAUACCGGUCGAAUUUUCCGCCGUUCAAUAUAAAACGCGAGUUUGUUUAUUUCUCAAUUGACAAGGUUUGGAGUUGUCUAAGAGGUUAUUUCUUGAAAUUAAGUAGUAGAAUAACCGAGAUAUAGUGGGAGUGGGUCUCUUGCCUUUCGGGGAAUUGUACUCCUGAACUCCGAUAGAAGAAUCGCUCCUCGAGUAGUUUUCAAAGUGUGGAAGUCUCACCGUCGUCCAUCAUUCUCAUAUUUGAAGACGAAAUUGACUUUGUGAUGAAAAUGAUGUGAAGAUCCUGCGAACAUACUUUUUUGCCUAAAAUGGAUGCAUUCACAAACUUGUUUAAAAAAUGGCAACAGACGUGAGAAUUUGGGAUCAUUCCAUUCUACUGGGCUCUAAAAUCAACCCAUAGGUUUUCUGCUAUGCCCAACCCAACUUGGUACGAGAUAAGCAAGCAUAUGUGGCGCGAAUAGGAAACGACCAGAAAACUAAUUUGAAUACAGCCGCCAAUUCUUAGCAGCAUCUUAAGGACACUUCCCAUAAAAUUCGUUACUGCUAUGGGAAUGUGCCAUUUUCGUUUUUUUUUCAAAUCCGAUUCAUAAACAAACAACUCUGUUUGUCGACACGGGCUGCCACUUUUCCAAUAGGAUGCUACAUAUUAUUGUAUCUCUGUACCAAAAUUACGUUGCUAGUCCUGAAUCGUGGAGUCAACGGCAAAGGCUCUCAGAACCGCUGCUUGAGAAAUCCCGCCCCCUUCAAAUUUCAAUAGACGGCAACUGAAAAACUUCAUAAACAUGAGUCCUAGGACCACCACCACGCCCCCUCCUACAGCAGUUCCUAAGUCGGCCAUAGUUAGAUACUGAGUCAAGUCGUAUCUUUUCACCUAAUAUGUUGGACGCAAGGGUCCUUUGAUAUCGUACACAUUUUCGGAAUAUCUUGAUCAUCUCAAGGCUUUGGUGUAUAUGUUACUAGGAAAGUUUACUUGUUUUUGCAAUGAGUUGAAAAGUAUUUUGUUUUUUAACACAAAUACCAUUUUUUAGGAUUCCAGCAGUUCAGUGGUACAACCGCUAUCACAUUCUACGCACAAGACAUUUUCCGAGAAGCAGGUGACGACAUUUCUCCCCACCACGCCUCAAUGAUCUACUUCAGCGUCCAGCUGAUUUUCACCAUGGUAUCUUCUUGUAUUGUGGACAAGGCUGGCCGCAAACCACUGCUCAUGAUAUCCAUGGCCGGGUCAGCUUUCGCUCUGUUCUUGGAGGGAACCUACUUCUACAUCAAAACCGAAACUAGUAUAGAUACUACAUCUUUCGACUUUAUACCAGUCGCGGUGCUUAUCGGGUUCGUGAUAGUGUUCAGUCUUGGUAUGCAGAGCAUACCUAUCCUUAUGUUAGGCGAACUCUUUCCUACAAGUGUCAAAGCGUACGCCUUGUGCCUCGCGGAUGUGUACUAUAGUGUCGUGGCGACUAUAGCGUCCAAGUUUCUUCAGUUAAUGAGAGUGCAUUUUGGAAUGUAUGUAGCGUUUUAUGGUUUUACAAUUUUUUCACUGCUUGGACUUAUCUUUAUAGUCUUCUGUGUACCUGAAACGAAAGGGAAGAAUCUCGAAGAGAUUCAGGAGUUCCUUAAGGGGCGACAUCGCCAUAACCACGAUAAAUGCGACAAAGAAGAAUGCGUCAAAGUAUAAAUCAGGACAAAAUAGUAUUUAGGAAAAUAUCAAAUUUGUAGAUCAUCGAAGUACAUGGUGCUGUAUCGUCAAAACAUACAAAUUAUUAAACGUCUAUUUUUACAAGCAACUCGAAUAUAUCCUUUGUUUGAAAUAAAACAGUUGUAAAUCAAACAGCUUCAAACGCAAAGCACAGUUCUUUCAGUAAAUGAUGGUGUGCUGUAAUCUGUAAUUUCUUUAACGUCCGAUGAAAUCUUUGUCUGACUUUUUAAAUUUUAGUUCACGAUUUUAAAGGACAUGGUCAUUAUAUUAUACGUCAAAAACUUAUUUUUUAUUCAACAUAUGGCGAAAUAAAUAAAAUCAACAGAAUAAUAAAGCGAACUUUAGCCAUGAAUGAUGUAUACUUUUGACGUAUAUUUUAAGGUUAAUGUAGAUAAAUUUUAUUAAUUUUUAAGAUUUUUAUAGUUUAAUUGUACUUUGCUAUACCGUUAAAGCAUAGUCAACCAUAUGGUUCAGCGGUAGUUCUUUGUGAUAAUAUAAUUUUGAAAUAAUAUCUUUUAAUUUUCAGUUAGGUUAUAAUAGUGAAUUUUCUGAUAAGUCUAUAAACGUACAAUGCAAUGUUAUAGAACAUUCAAUAUUUGCAUUAUUAUUAAAUUAUAAGAUGUACCGGUUAAACAUUGCUGAUAAUGUAGUUCUGGGUUUUAUCUGUAUGUUUUAAAACAAAUAAAAAGCUUAAACUCCAACUUAAACAUACCAUGUAUGACUGAAAAUGUACUUUUAGUGUUUUAUCGAACCUUGGAUCUUAAUAGGCUUUAAGAAAUGGUAUACCAUUCAAUAUACUCGUGCUAUGUGAUUACUACGACAUCAUCAGGUGUAUACUUGCCUUAACAUAUGUAAUUGGAUAUUUUACUAUUUAUCAAUGAUGUUACGAAAAUGUAAGAACUGAAUGCUUCUACUUACGACUAUUCUUAAUUUGUAUAGUUAAUUUAUAUUUACAAGUUAUGAACAAAUGCGAAAAUAAAAAAUCAAUUUUUCAA